AUGCAUGUCAUGAACUCGUCGUCCGGUGUAAAUCAGGUGACGUUCCAAAUGUCACCUGCUAAAGUGCUGCUGUCCAUACUGCCAUGUCUUCUUUUCAUCUACAUCAACGGGGUCAUGCUGGUGACCCUGCUGAGAAAGCCUCACCUGCUGGAGUCUUCUCGCUACAUCCUCUUCGGCCACUUGCUCCUCACCGACACCCUCCAGCUGCUGCUCGCCAUGCUGCUGUACAUAUUUGCCAUCACCAUAGUCUCCAUGGUCAAUCACCUCUGCAUGCUGGUGGUGCAACUGGCGGCCAUCGCUGUGAAAACGUCCCCGCUGAACCUGGCCGUGAUGUCGCUGGAGCGCUACGUGGCCAUUUGUUUACCGCUCAGGCACGCCAACAUUGUCACCAUCAGGACAACACGCAUCGCCAUCGUUGUCAUGUGGUCCAUGGCCUCCUUGGACUCCUUCGUCCAGCUGUUGCUCUUCGUCAGGCUGGAGAACAGCAGCUUCGUCAUGUCCCAAUACUGCAGUAGAAACAACGUGUGGCGACUGAAGAUUUACACCACCAUAGACACCAUCUUUACCAUACUUUAUUUUCUGAUAGUGGGCGUCAUUAUCUUCUUUACGUACAUCGCAAUAAUUUUUGCCGUCAGGUCAGCUUCCACAACUGUUCGGGAAGCCAGCAAGGCUCGGAAUACGGUGAUGCUUCAUAUGUUUCAGCUGUGUUUGUGUCUCACCUCCACGCUCUUCAACAUGAUUUACACAGGCGGCCUGUUGAACUUAAAGCCCGACAUGGAGCUUAAUUUUCACUACGCUCUCUUCGUAGGCCUCAUUAUCUUCCCCAAAUUUCUAAGCCCGCUCAUAUACGGCCUCAGAGAUACUACAUUCACACACGUCUUCUGCAACUAUUUCACCUUUGGCUGCAAUCGCAACGUUCAGUCUUAA